AUGUCUCUGAAGCUCAACAAAAAAUUCAAAGAAGCACAAGCAAAUACAUUGUUCGGCUCUACUCGAACUGUCUGCUCGCGUUUUUUAGUGUUUCCUUUAUUCAGUUUCGUUAAGAAUAAAGUCCAUCCCGUAAUUCACCACCUUCCUCACGUCAUCCUCCGUGUACACCAUCUCCUUCCCGUACGCCCCCUCCGUCGCCAGCCGCGGCUCCGACGGCAGCACCAGCGGGAACGACUGCGAGUCGGUUAUGUGCCAGUGGAAGACGUUCAUCUUGUUCAUACUCAGCGCCCGGAUCAGCCGCAGAAGAUCCUCCACGGCGUAGUAGUUCCUCGACGUGUCGAGCAGCACGCCGCGGUGGCCGAACAUUGGCGCGUCGGAGAUCCUCAGGCCGCAGGCCGCCACCCUCGGCGGCGCCGAGUACACCAGCUGGGAGAAGGUCUCGAGCCCGCGCAUCGCGCCCCAUGGGGUGGACGCGGACAGGAACGCUGGAGCCCCCGUGCAGGGGACGGAGAGGGUGUACGACUCAUCGACGCCGUGGGCAAGGGCGGCGGCGAGCGGAGACGACGAGGUGAGGUUGAGGGCCGGGGGAAUCAGGGGGCGGUGGGCCUCAUUCGCGAUCAGAUUGAGGUAGCGGAGGAUGGCGGCGGCGAGGUGGCGGUGGCGGGGGGCGCCGGAGAUGUUGAAGUUGUCGGAGAGCCUGAUGGCCUGUGGAUUGGACCAGUCGGUCCAUGUGGGCUUGGGCCAGAUGUUGAUAGGGGGUUUUCAACUGUAAAAGCUGAUUUCUUUAACCAACUUAACCAAAAUUCUCCGGAGGACGAGUUCAAAUACGGGUUAUUUCAGGAGACUAUUAAGAUUGUUAAGAUCAGAAAGGAGAUACUUCAUUAUUUUAUAUCUUGA